GUUGAACUUUGACCCUUGUCUUUGUUUGAUACUUUAUCACAACGCCAAAGUUUAUGGCCAGGCAGCAAUAGCUUAUCUAGUAACAGACACCGCAUUCGGUAAACACCGGGGUGCGAGACAAAGAAAGUUACGGGAAGAGUAGAGAUUCUUAUUUAUUUUUAACGUGAGGAAAAAGAGAAUAUUUUUCCGUUGAACUUGUGCAGCAGCCAGCACGAGCCUGUACAACCGAUGGGUCAGAGGGGUUCAGCGCCUCAACAGGAGGCCCGGGUUCUCCUUCUCGGUCUCGACUCAGCAGGCAAGUCAACACUUCUCUACAAGCUGAAGUAUAACGAGUCGGUCGUUACCGUUCCGACCAUCGGUUUUAAUGUGGAGAUGCUCGAGGCGAGGAGGAAGCAAGGCAAGGUGGAUCUGACUGUGUGGGAUGUUGGAGGACAGCGGACCAUGCGCCCGUACUGGCGGAGCUUCCACCAGGACACUGCGGGGCUCGUGUUUGUAGUGGACAGCUCGGACCGGGGCCGGUUAGACGAGGCACGGCGGGAGCUGGAACAGACUCUGCGUAGCGAGCUCCUCCGAGGCCGCCCGGUUGUCAUUCUCGCUAAUAAGCAGGACGUUGACGGAGCCGUUACGGCCACGGAGAUCACGGAGUUGUUCAAUCUCAAAAAUAUGUGCUUGUCCCGGGACUGGUUCGUGCAGCCCUGCUCAGCGGUGACCGGUACCGGGCUGCAAGAGGGAUUUCAACGUGUGGCGCACCUGCUUAAAUAUCCGUCUGAAGACAACAUCAUGCCUUACCACUCGCACAGCAUCAGCAAUACUGUGAACUACCUCCGGUCCAAAUCCGUCAUCUCAACGGGAAACAGUCCGGAUUAACUCGGACAUUCACCGAUUUCUGGUGUAGGCCUAAAGAUAUGUUAUGUUUAAGAAUGCGUUGAUUGAUUUAGGCCUAGGAAUUAUGAAACACUAUGUAGGCCUAAAUGAACUGUAAUCAGUGUUUUAUCUCUAGGUUGUUAUUUUCAAACCUGACUCAGAUGAGAUGUCUGUGUAUGUAGUCUGUUAUAAUUUAUAUUAAAAAUUAUAAUUUAGCUUUUCUGUGAAGCACAUUUGGGACGUGUAUGAGUGUAAACUCACAUCCAACGUUCUCUAUAAUGUUUGAAUUUGAUAUUCAUCCAUAUAUGAAUCCCUAUAUGGGGGGGGGGGGUGUAACCUUUAACCCGGCAGUGAUCUGUGACAGUCUUCUACGAGGUAACACUCUGGUUCUUAUUAAAAACCUUUUUAUUGACCUUCA